GGUUAAUCUCAGAGUAUUAUGGUUAAUUGUAUGGAAGAAAUUAAGUCAAUCAAUUACAAUUUAAAUUCACUUAAUUGUAGACAAUUAAAUUUUGGCGCUUUCGCUUCCAACUAGCGACAUCUGGUGGAUAAUUUUUUUCUCAUUUUCUGUAAUAAUUUUUUGUUUUUACUUUCAUUGUUAUUGUUUAAUUGUAAUUAUUGACCGAUUAUUUUAAUCAUAGGCUGUUAAUUUUUACUAAUUAACUAUGUGAAAUGUUGGCGAUUUAGUUUGAAUUCCAUUGAUUUUAAACAUGGGGAUUGGAUAUGUUUGGAUUAUGGACUGGCUAUUUAACAUGAAGGUCAGUUCUAGACCAAUGGUGGUUCAUUUGAUUUAUUGCCUUUUCCUUUUAUAUCCAGUGGCCGGUGAUUAUAUAACCGUUUACAAUGAUGGGCCUACAACAAUUGACACACCGAUAACCUUUAAAGUAUUCAACACCUACUCAACAAUUGCUCCUCGUUUUGAGUAUCGAUUUAAAUUUCCAGAUUUUCCGGACAAAGAUACAUCUAUUAUAUCUACAGCAGAUAAUGUUCGGCAUUCUGUAACCUUUCGUUCACCAAAUGUUUCCACAAAUAAACAACUCUACCUGGUAGAAGUUGAUGUUUGGUAUCGUUUCAUGUGGACUCCCGUCUACUCAAUAGGAACCGUUGUAUCUACCUUUCAACUUUCAGAUUCACUCUUGGGAACAAUUAAUUAUGAACAAGCAAUUCCUAAAGAGUCGAUUGCACGAAAUUUUGUUUCCACCGAAAGUCAAGUCAACAUGACAGCCAAAAUUCAUGAUCCAAGUGAUUUUUUCGCUUCAGCCAAUAUAACAUACAAAUGGAUUAUCAAUGGAUCACCUGAAGAGGAAUAUUUUGAUCAAACCAUUUUAUCUAAUUUCACUAAACCACAACCAAAUAAUAUAACUGUCAUUGUUUUUGCUUCUUUAAAUACUUCAUCAAAUGAAGUGUUAAUGCAAAAAAAUGGUUCCUUUGAUAUUGUAUUAACAAGUCGUGAUCCAAUUCACAAUUUAACCGCUGAUGGUCAUACAAAUGUUGAACUAUUUCGAGAUGAAAGUUUACAACUUACAAUGAAAAUCGAUGGUGGAUCUCCACCUUUCUGGUAUUGCUGGCAAAUAUUAGAUAUACCAGAUAAUGAUACAUUAUUGAUUCCUUAUUGUACAUCAACAAAUGAAAGUUUCUUCAUAAUAACAAGAUAUUUUGAUGCAAAAGGAAAGAAAAAUUUAAUCACUAAAGUUUCCAAUGACGUCUCAUCAUUCACCAAAAACAUGACCAUCCUAAUCUAUGAGAUUGAACAUCGAGCUCAAUUAAGCUUCAUCUUAAUCCCUGUUUGCAGUAUAAUCUUAGCAGUUUUAAUCAUUAUCGCUGGUAUUGCCAUACAUAUGAGACAGAGGAAAGAAUUGAGUAUUGAAGUAGCUGAUUUUGAUUUUCAAUCUUACGAUGAAAUGAUAGAGAGAACAUUUUUUGAAAGAAUCCGUGAUAAUUUUACCCAAUCAUUGAAAUUUUCAAUAUUUCGUUCCUGUUCCGGUCAAACCAUAGAGUAUGAUGAUUUCGUGGAUAAAAACGAUUCAGAUGAAGUCGCUCCGAAUGAGCCAAAUAUAAGUGAAUGUAAUUUACGUUUCAGUGGUGAUCUCAACGAUUCAGGAGUUUCUACUGAUAUAAGAACAUGAAGAAAAAAAACCCUCGUCAACGAUAAAACAAAGGAACAAUUGUAAAAACAAAUCAUUGAUAAUCAACACACACUAUAAGUUUAAAAGACCUUACAAAAUCUAUUUUCUAUCCCAUUUUUUUUGUUCAUAAUUUGGAUCAUCUAUCAACUCCUUUCUCUCUCUCUCUCUACAACAUUUUCAUCAUUAAUCAUCUUCGCCAUUUAACUUCACCAUCAUCAUAUUUUCAUCAUCAAACUCAAUUGAAAGAAAAGUAUCAACAAAAACCUCAUCAACUUAACCACCGAUUUGAAAAGAAAAACAAAGUGAAUCAAAUUGUGAUACAAUUGUGUUAAUGAUGUUUCUAGAGUUCUCUCUAUCUGUUUCAGAUUCAGUGGUCACUCAUGUUCCUUCAGACAGCAUGAUGAACAAAACAUGAUAGAGAAAAGGAAUGAACAAUUAUGAUAUUUUUUAUUCGCCUCGUAAAUGAAUUCAUGAGAAAACCAAAUAUCUUAAUCAACUUUUCUCCAAUUUUCUUCUCUCCUUUUUCUUUGGUAAUCUGUUAUUCUAUUUAUAUAUAAACAAAUCUGAUUUAGAUAACUGUUGAUACAGAUCAUCUUUAAUUGUGAAAAUCUAGAGAACUUUAAAUCACCAUGAACCAUUGUAUCGAUAAAUAAUAUUUUUUUCGCUGUUAAAAUGUUCUCCAUGAUCAAAA